AUGGUAUGGUAUGGUAUGGAAUGGUAUGGAAUGGUAUGGAAUGGUAUGGUAUGGUAUGGUAUGGUAUGGUAUGAGGUGGAAUGGUAUGGUAUGAGGUGGAAUGGUACCCAAAAAUGGGUGACUGAAGUGCCAUCUGGCUCAUCUCGAAUCCGCGCUUAUCCUUCUUCAGCUACUAAUGCACCAAAACCUUGCACUAUAUCAGUACUUUUCUGGCCUAAUGUUACCUCGGGGAUGUAUGAGCCUUUCGACAUGCCGACCUAUGACUUCAAAGUUACGGGUGGCCAAUUUAUGGAAACACUUCAAACCCUUAAGUGUCAUCACCUCUUCUUCAAUGUCGUUCUUCCUGGAAAGGUUGACGAGCCUCUGGACGGUCUGCUCACCUCUCAAAUUCUUGCCCACUUCACUUCCCACAACCUUGUUCUCCCCUCUGAUCCUAAUCCAGGAUCCGGUGAUAUUCAUUUCCACCAGCGGCCCUGGGUUUUAAUGCAGCCAAAAUUGAAAAAGGCGACUUUGGUUUGGAGUAUUGAGCCACAUCCUAAUAUGAACGCCAAUACCUUUAACCAUACCAACCUCGUAAGGAUAACGUCAAAAUUCAAAAACCCGGAACGUGGAAGCAAGACAAUGAUGGUUAUUCUUGGCGCUUUCUCUUAUGAACUUUCUUUUCAAGGCUUGCUCACCAGUUCUCUUCAGCUCCACGGUACGGUCAUGUAUCAGGUAUCCUACAGCCAUCAUGGAUUGGAGAAGGCAGCUCUGCGAGCACUCUUGAUCAACACCAUCCAUGCUUUGCCCAGCAAAUUACGGAAGGAUUACCUCAUUCAGGACGGCCUCGACACCCACCUGUGUGCCUUACAAAUUUAUGCCCUGGGGCUGAGGCCAUUGACACGCCCACAAAUGAGGUCACCUUUCCAUCACAACGACCUGCUUCUGAGUCUGUUCAACUUCCUGAAGUUAUUGAUGAUGAAGCCCCCCCUCGAAACUCUCUUAUUCGCCCACGUUCCAUCUCAAUUUUUGAUAAUACCAGGUCCAUCACGAUCUCAUAUGCGACCAUCCACAGUUACAUGGGUUGAUGUUGUUUCAUCUGACGAUGACUUUCCAACUGCUAUUCUACCUCAGAAUGAAAGUAGAUCAUCCGCCAAUGCGCCAAGGCUUGCAUUCCCUUCUGAAGUUGAAAAAUGGCAGGCCGAGGUCAUGAAGCUUGUUGAGGCCCCACAGAAUGAGCGUCAACAAGUUCAAAUUCAUGGUCGAACGAUCCACUCAAUGUCAGUUGCCCUGAUCGACCUCCUCAUUCACAUUCAGCGAUCUUCAAGCGACACCAUUACCUCUACAUUCUCAGCAGGUCCCGAUAUCUUCACCUGUAAUGCUGAGGCCCCCCUUGUCGCGUUUCUUGCUAGAUCUGCAUUCCGGGUGUACAAAGUAGGCGUGACAAUG